UUCAGGUUGAUGAAGUGAUUGAGAAAUAUAUUAUAGUCGUACUGUACUUUAUUCUUUUUUCAUUUUUUUUUUUUUGGUCUUGUAAUUUUAAUUGGUUUAGUUUUGAUCAGUUAAAAGUGCUGUUACGUUGAAAGAAAAAUAAUAAUAGUAGUACAAAAUGGCGAGUGUACUGCAAGAUUUAAAGCAUUUACUAUUCACAAAGGCAUGUUUGAAGGAGUACACGGAAAAUUUUAACUUUCUGCACGCGGAAUGUUUCAAAAUAACGCUCAGCAAAGCCUUGGGCCUAGCUAUUAUUGCGGGCUCUUUCAUGGUAAAAAUACCACAAAUAAUGAAAAUAUUGAAAAGCGGAAGUGCAAAGGGAAUAAACAUCAUCAGUGUACUGUUAGAAUUGUUAGCCAUUUCAAGUAUGGCAUCGUACAGCUACAUUAGCCAAUUUCCAUUUAGCUCUUGGGGUGAUGCUAUAUUUUUAGGGUUGCAAACGGUUACAAUUGCUUUCCUAGUUGUAUACUAUUCCAAUGGUAUGACGAAAGCUACAGCAUUUCUUAGUGCCUACACUGCUGUAGUUGCAGCAAUCGUAUCUGGUUAUGUACCUCUUACUGUUUUGUGGUUUGCUCAAGCUAUGAAUAUUCCUGUUAUUGUAACUAGUAGGUUAAUACAAGCCUACACAAAUUAUUCAAAUGGUAGCACUGGACAAUUGUCAGCUGUUACCGCUUUCUUACUGCUAUUUGGAGCUGUAGCUCGAAUUUUCACAUCGAUUCAAGAAACUGGAGAUGCAAUUAUGAUAGCAAUGUUUACUGUCUCGACUCUGAUGAAUGGAAUUAUUGUGGCUCAACUUCUCUACUACUGGAAUGCAGCGGAAAAGAAAGUCAAAAUUUCAAAGAAGAAAAAGUGAUGGCAUGUAAUAUUAUUUUCAAGUAGCUGCUGCUAAUAAAACAUCUGCAUACCGACAUUCCAAA